UGAGAAGGGUGAAGGGGGGCAACUAAAGCAGUGUGAUAGUAAUGGUGGACCUUUGGUGGCCCUUGCUGGGUUUUGCCAUUCCAGCAAUUCUAACAGGCCAAGCCAUUAGGGUGAAAAGGAGGCGUGCUGAGGAGCAGCGUCUUAAGAGUAUUCGAGGGCGUGAGAAGAAUUUAGAUGAAAUUUUUGUCUGUGAAAGGGUUUGUACUUCAAAAAGAAUGUUGAAGAAGGUUGGUGCAUUCUCAAAAGACCCGAUUCCUGACACAUGUGUUACUGUUUGUGGUGUUUCUGAGCUUGAUGCUUGUGCCGAUGCUUGUGCACGGACAGUUUGCGUUAACCAACACCAAGUGCCCAAUUGGAAUGAUAUCUGCCUGAAACGGUGCCAAAGUGAAUGCCUAAAGUUGUCAUCAUCUUCGAUUCACUAGACAACCUUUUGUUUUUAUUAAACACCAUUUAGGUUAUUAUCUCCAUACACUAUUUGCUUCAUGUACAAUAACUUAUGUUACUUCAUUGCACUUUCUUGUUACUUCUGAGUUAUGGUUAAUUUGUGCUUCUCAUCUAGUUUCAUUAAAUAUAUAUUGUGUUCUGA